AUGGCGACGUCCAUCGAUUCGCUCGCUACAGUGGAUGAGUCAAAGGAGGUGAUGAGUGAGUCUGGUGUCGUUCCAGUUGUCUCAGCUGAACUGGAAGAAGAAAAGCUCCAAAAGCUCCAGUCGCCAGAAUGCACGACCACUAAUAUCUCUAUCAAUCGAGCUCUCACUUCCGACCGAGUUCCGACCUCUGGCCCCUUCAAACGAUGGGUAAACAGCCUACGACCCAGAAGGACAUAUGAACCGGAGCCACAUAUUGAAGGCUGGCAGCACGUACCACGAGGCAGUGGUGACCAAAUUCACCUCUCACUUCCCCGUGGAUCACUGGAACAACAGUGGGAGAAACUUUCUGGGAAGUCUUCCCAUCUGGGUACGAUCAAGACAGCGACAAUAAGUAUCACAAGCCAAAGUGUCGCCAGGUCAAGAAGAACCACGCAGAGUACAACUAAUCGCAGCAAAUCGGACUUCCGAACUUCCAUUGAUAGCCUGAGACCAACCUUGACAGCUUGUAUUGAUGAGGAAGCUCAAAACCGUGCUAUCAAGCGACGACAAGUGCUUCAGGAGAUCAUCACGACUGAAUCGGACUACCUCUUCGACCUGAAGGCACUUUUGGACUUGCUGCUGAUCAUACAAGCCCGGCCGGAAAUAUAUCACAAUGUUCAGCGAAUUCGCGAGUGCCAUGAAAGCUUUCUAAAGCGGACGCGGAGCUUGAUACCAACAACCAACAUCCCUCGAAUGCAGCUUGAGCGAAUGAUGAACUACGGAGCACAGAAGCGCCCCGAUCUGAGUAUCAAAGCUUUCCAGCACCGAUCUCUAAGAGCACGAAGCCUGAAGGCAUACGUCGAUCGUCGUCUGAAGCAAUUGGCGUCAGAAGCAAAUGAGGCCUUGGUUGUCGCUCGGGAGAUUGGGUACUUGUCAAAGUCUUUCAUUUAUUAUAAGGAGUUCUGCGAACGCUAUGAUCUUCUGGUCGAGGACAUUGCCGUUCUUCGCAAUUCAGUUCCAAACUGGCAAGCAUACGAACAAGGCAUAGAGGCUCUAACAAAGUCCGCCGCAUCAAUGGAGACACGCUCGCUGUACGAUAACAAGUCGCUGUGCCUGAAUGAUAUCCUUAUCAAGGAUGAUCCUUCUGCGCAUGACGGAAUCCGGCAAGUUGUUGAGAAUGUUCGUGAAGUGCUUGCGGAGAUCAAUGAAGCUACCGCCAGCACUUUGAGCAGAAGCAUUGUCGAAAAAACAUUUUUACUUCAGGAUAUGCUUGACAAAACGGUAAAUAUGCCGCUUCCGAACCUCACAAGUCCCAUGAGCCUCUGCGGCGUCCUGCAUGUUACCUAUCGAGCGUCGACACCGCCGAGGCGGGUCAAGGGCACUUUCAUGGUGUGCGUCUUAUUCAAGCAUCAUUUCUUCCUCGCCAAAAUGCAUGACGAAUGCCGAAAACUCCAACCACUUGCUUGUCUAUACAUAUCUGACGUGAGGAUAGAUAGUUUGUCAAAUGGGAAGGGCUACGAUUAUUUCUGCGUAUUCUCGUGGAAAUUACUAUUUCAGCUUAACGAUGAGAAGUAUGAGAUCGUUCUAAGUGCCUCCUCCGCAGCGGAAGAAAAACAAUGGAAAACUGGGAUCCUGAAGUCAGCAGCUGCCUCAGUGGAUGUGCCUGAUGCAGUCUCAUCCGAAUUACGAGGGAGCUCAUUCUUGGUUCUGGAUAUCGCUCCGGAGGAGGAGGUUUCAGAUAUCGCGCCUCAACUAUCACGCAGACCGUCCCUACAAACGCUAGGAACCAUAGGCAUGCAACGUGUGCGCUCCAAUAUCCAACCAAUAAUUAUCCGGAAAACUUACUGUCCACAUAAACACAGUCAGUUACACCAGGUCGACGGUGAGCUAGAACGUCCCAAAGUUCCACCUCCUAUUUCGCAGCAAUUCACCAUCACGGCUAGAAGGCAGGAUAGGAUUCGCCUAGAGCGCACAAUAUACCCUAUUUACACCCGAGAUAUACUCCCUUACCCUGGCAUGUUCCUGGGCGCAGGUGAGCUUUUCUUCGGGCCAGGUUCAAUUAUGAGACAUCUCAGCCUCCGGCCCAAACGAAACAAACGGUCCAGCUCCAUCAAUUUGCCAACCAGUGUACAGAAUUCUGGCCAACCACAAGGGCCCGACGACUAUGAAUGUACCUUGCAAUCUGCGGCAAAGCGGAAGAGACGGGAAGCAUCAGAUUUUAGCCACAGUUUUGACCAUGAGAAGGGCUGGGCGCUGCACAAAGACUCCGCUCUGCACUUGGGCCGUUCAAGGACGAUGAGACUGAAAACCAGGUCCAGAUCAAGCAACAACUUGAAAUCACAGCCGCCAUCCAACACAGACAAAGGCUCGGAUAUUCCCAACGUUCAGCUACGAAAAGGUUUCUGGUCAGUGUUCAAUUCCAUGCCUUUCCGGUGGUCGAAGAAGAAUGUUCGUCCAGGUCUUGGUGGAACGUGA